AAUUAUACAGAGUGGGCAGGCCCCCACUAAAUGUUUAGACGCACUUGGCCUUCAGUUCGGUAAACAAUGUUCAUCACUCGUGGUUUUCCAGUAUUAUUAGGUCUGCACGAUGUGGUGGAUAAUAGCGGUCGUAGCAACCGUUGUUUUGGGGUACCGGCUACUGAUUCGCCCCCACAGACACUGGUUGGAAAAGGGGGUUAAGCAGGGAGCGCCCAGAUUUAUUUUUGGAGAUUUCGUGGGAAUGGUUUUGCAAAAACAAUCCCUUGGGGAAAUGGUCAAAACGGUUUAUGAUAGGUGUCCAAAUACCAGGUACUCAGGCUUCUACCAACUUUUUACACCAAUUUUUGUCUUAAAAGACCCCGAUCUGAUAAAACAAGUCGCCGUCAAAGAUUUUGACCACUUUCAAGACCACCGGACUUUUAUUCCAGAAGGUAGUGACCCAUUAUGGGCUAACAAUCUGGUUGCUUUGACUGGUAAAAAGUGGCGCGACAUGCGAACAACCCUCAGUCCGGCUUUCACCAGUAGUAAAAUAAAGUACAUGUUUACUUUAAUAUCACAAAGUGGUGAACAAUUCGUACAAUAUUUUUUGAAAAAAGAGGAAAGUCUUAUCACUAUUGAAAUGAAAGAUAGUUUCACUAGGUUCACGAAUGAUGUCAUUGCCAACACUGCUUUUGGAGUAGAAUGUGAUUCUUUAGAAGACUCGAACAACGAAUUUUAUACCAUGGGAAAGAAAGCUACAGAUUUGAGUAUCUGGAGGUUCAUUGGGUACAGUUUAAUGCCUGGACUCUUCAAGCUUUUGAAGGUAACACUAUUUUCAAAAGAAGUCAGCGACUUUUUCAGUAAUCUGGUCGAAACCAACAUCCACAGUCGCCAAAAACACGGAAUUGUAAGACCUGACAUGAUCCACCUUCUCGUCGAAGCUCGAAAAAACGGGUUCAAAGACGAAGAAACCGAACCUAUUCAAGACACAGGUUUUGCAACUGCUGCAGACCAUGAUGUCAACAAAACCCCCAAAAACACCAAAAUAAAAAUCACCGAUCAAGACAUAGCUUCUCAGGCUUUAAGUUUUUUCUUUGCCGGUUUUGACUCAGUGUCUGCACUCAUGUGCUUUAUGUCUUACGAACUGGCUCUUAACCCGGACGUCCAAACGAGACUUAUACAAGAAGUAGACGAGACUCUGGAAGCUUGUAAGGGUAAACUUACCUACGAGAAUCUUCUUGGUAUGAAGUAUAUGGAUAUGGUGGUCUCUGAAACUCUAAGAAAGUGGCCCAGUUCAGUUGGUGUGGAUAGGGUUUGCACAAAACCUUACACCAUCGAGGCUAAAUGCCCUGAAGAGAAACCUGUUCACUUGGAAAAAAAUGAUGUUGUAUGGUUACCCAUUUUUGGGCUUCAUAGAGACCCGCAGUAUUAUCCAGAACCGGAACGGUUUGAUCCCGAAAGGUUUAACGAUGGAAACAAGGUCAACAUUAAACCGUACACGUAUUUGCCUUUUGGACAUGGACCUAGGAAUUGUAUUGGUUCCAGAUUGGCUCUCUUAGAAGCCAAAACGUUAUUCUUUUGUGUUUUGUCACAUUUCGAGAUAGUUCCUGUCGAGAAGACACAAAUUCCUUUAGUUUUAAGCAAGAAACAUAUAAUUUUGUCGGCGGAAAAUGGCUUUUGGUUGGGGCUUAAACGACGCUCACAUAAAAGUAGAAAAUAAAAAUAUUAUUGUCGACAGAAAAA